AUGGAGGCUGACAGAAAAUACGAAGACGCGGAGUACGCCACCGCAAUUGAGUUGUAUACAAAGGCUAUCGAGCUACAGCCACUAGACAAGGCUACUCAACUCAAGCACCUCUAUGGCAAUCGCAGCGCGGCGUGUUUUAUGGAUCAUUGCUAUGCCGAGUGCGUCUUCGACUGUCUAGAGGUAAUCCGACUCGAUCCGACCAACACGAAGAUGAUUUCCCGCGCGGCCCGCUCCGCCGCAACGAUGGGAGACCUCACACAAGCCAUAAAGAUCCUCGAGAAGACGCCGUCCGAACACCUCACAGACGCCAUUUCGAUCGAGCUCAGCAAGUUUAAAAGCGGGCUUGACAUUUACCGACGCGCCGAGCGGGGCUUUGGUACCUCCGACGGCGACGAGCGGUAUCGCAUGUUGGUUGCGCAGUUCAGCGAUACCGUCCCCUUUCGUGUGCGCUACGCCGAAUCGCUGAUGGAGCAAAAGCAAUACGCAAAGGUCGUGGAAGCGCUGGAAGUGGUCGCGUCCUCCGCGAGAACUUCACAAUUGUGCAAGAUAAUGGCGACUUGCUUAUAUCAAUCAGGAUUUGAAUUCUUCGAGCGUGCGCGGUUGUGCUUGGCAAAGCCCUCCAAGCAAGAUUCGGACUGCGAGGAAUUACUAAAACUUAUCGAGAUUGUCGAGGACGGCAAGCAAAAGGGUAACAACGCCUUUGCAACCAAAGAUUUUUCAAGUGCGGUGAUGCACUAUACCGAAGCUAUUCGGCUUGCAAUUGAUAAUGAUCAAAUUCUUCGAAUUUUAUACUGCAAUCGCGCCGCUGCUCACAAAGAGCUAGGCAAUUACCGUGAUGGCAUUAACGAUUGCACUAAUGCUAUUUUACUAGAUAAGGAUUUUUGUAAAGCGUACGCGCGCCGUGCGCGGUGUUAUCAACACUUAGGGGACAAUUUUGCCGCGGUUCAGGAUUUCAAAAAGGCUCUUGAAUACGAUCCCUCUAAUCGUGAACUAGCCAAAGAACUGAAAAGCGCAGAGCAAAGUCUCAGCAGGGAGUCUGAACUGGAAAAGGACUUAUAUUACCAGUUAGGUUUAUCGCGUACGGCCACGGAUAAGGAAAUUAAAACCAAGUACCGCGAGUUGUCGCUUCGGUGGCAUCCAGACAAGUGCAUUGGAAUGAGUACGAUUGAAAAGGAUCGAUCUGAGCACAAGUUUAAGAUUAUUGGUGAAGCCUACGCUACACUUAUCAAUCCAUCGAAGCGACGGGAUUACGAUCUAAAAAUGGACCGCGAGCGCCUUUCACACCUUGGCAUGUACGGCGGCUUUUCAAGCACAUAUAGCAAUUCAGGAGAGUACAACCGAAACACCAAUCGGCACCGCACGGGACCAGGAGGAUUCUGGUAG